GAUUCUGACGUCACUGAAUCCUCAGAGUUUUUUUUGCAAGUGUAAUUUUCCGAUAUAAAUUAGUAUAAAAUUCUAUUUAAAUUAAGAAAAAAAUUUGAAAUUAAUUUUAAUUUUUGGAAUCGAAAUUUUAUCAUCUUUUUUGGAAAAUUUUUACAAUUUCUAUUGAAUGUAAAAAUCGAAUUUAAUUUUUCUGGAGAAGAUACGUAUGUGUGCGUUACCUAAACUAAUACAUUUGAGUAGUACAAUGAAAAAAGUUUUUUAAUGAGAUUUCUCGAAUAUUUUUUAAUUUGAAAAAAUUAAUGUAAAAUCAAAUUGACUUUGUUUUAAUCAAAAUGUUUUAACAUAAAACUUGUAAAAUAAUUAUUAAAUGUGCAUUUACAUUUUAAUUUUUUGAAUAUUGUGCAAAUUUUCGAGUGAAAAAUUUUGUAUCUAAUUUUUUUUGAGUGAACGCUUGUAAUGAAUUCAAAGGCAGACGUAAAUAGACGGGUACUCGCUAUCCAAGCAAAAAAGAAACGUCAUAAGCCUAAUAAGAAAAAAGGUAAACCAAAUGGUGUUAAUAAUACGAGUGCAAACGCAAAUGCUCAAGUAGGUGGUUCAGGAAAUAACAGUUCGCAAACCGGUGCUUUACCAACGACGUCAAUUGAGUCUAUUCAACAACCAUCUCAGCAAUUGCAACAGCAGCCACAAACGGCACAGCAACCAGGAAAUGGUGGAAAAAAUAAAAUAAAUGCUAAUAAAACUAAUUCUUUUAGUGCUGGUCUAGGAUCUGCAGGUUUGGUAACAAAUUUACAAAACUCUUUUGAUGUAAAUUGUCCAGCACCACCACCGCCUCCAACUAUAAUGCACAAAGACCAAUAUAGUAAUAAAAAAUAUAAUAAUCCACCGCGUAGUUCAUCCAACGAUUCAGAAGAAUCUGAAUUGAAUAGUGAAGAUGAAGAACAGGAAUUAAAAGAAGAUUAUUGUAAAGGUGGUUAUCAUCCUGUCAAUAUUGGAGAUCUCUUCCAAAAUCGAUACCAUGUCGUUCGUAAACUUGGAUGGGGACAUUUUUCAACUGUGUGGCUAUGUUGGGAUUUAGAAGAUAAACGUUAUGUUGCAAUAAAAAUAGUUAAAUCGGCACCACAUUUCGCUGAAACUGCUAAAGAUGAAAUUAAAAUUUUAAAAUCUGUACGCGACAGCGAUCCUUCAAAUCCUAGAAGAAAUAAAACAGUACAAUUGCUCGAUGAUUUUAAAAUUAAUGGUGUUAACGGAACACAUAUAUGUAUGGUAUUUGAAGUUUUGGGUGAUAACUUAUUAAAAUUGAUAAGAAAAUCAAAUUAUCGUGGAAUACCAAUACAAAAUGUAAAAUCAAUAAUACGACAAGUAUUAGAGGGUCUCGAUUAUUUGCACACUUGCUGUAAAAUUAUUCAUACUGAUAUUAAGCCGGAAAACGUUUUAUUAUGCGUUGAUGAUCAAUAUGUCAGAACAUUAGCUAAUGAAGCAACCGGUUUGUAUGUUAUGAAUUUUAAAAUGUUUCCAUCGUUUGUUAGUCGUGCACCAAAAGAAUACAGGGAACCACAAAUAACUGGAAAAAUGAGUAAAAACAAAAAGAAGAAAUUAAAAAAAAAGGCUAAGAAACGUUUAGAAUUGUUUAAAAAACAAUGGGAUUAUUUGGAGCAAGUAUCGAGUGGUGUAAAUCCUAUGGAUGAACAGAAUAUUCACGCUGAGGAUGAAAAUAAUUUAGAAUCAUCGGUCGAAGCUAUUGAAAAUAAUUUAGAUGGAAUAAAUAGUAAUAGUGUUAACGAUAAUGACGAACAGCAAAACGAUUCGCAACAACAAAAUCAAUCUAACAGGCAAAACAGUUCUGAUGGUAGCUUUAAAACUGGUACGCUUUCUGGUGCCGGUAGUAAUGGUGAUAUAAAAAAUAAUAUUUUAAAUGGUGAUGUUACUGAUGAAGAUGAAGAUCAAAAAGAUGAUUGCGAUGAAAUUAAGGAUGAUCGUUCGAAUACGUCCGAACCUAAUUCCAAUAAUUCGACGAAUAGUAAAAAAAGCGGUAAAGGUAAAAAUAAAUCUGAAUCUAAAGGGAAUUCGGAGCUCUCCACAACAUCAAACAAUGAUGAGUUAGAAAAUUGUAUCGACACUAAUAGUAGUAACAAUAGCAAUAGUAAUAGCCGACAAUCUUCUAAUAAAAUUUCCCCAAAACAUUGCGAAAACUCAAAUAAUGCAUCACCCACUAAAGUACUACAACAACCACAACCCCAUGAAGACAAACAGAAUAAAUUAAACCAACAAAAUUUUUCUUCCGCUAGUAGUAGCAGCACAGGAACAACAGGUGGUGGCAGUAUUCUUGGUGGAAUUAGGUCUUCAAUCAUCAAUCAACAACCAAAAAAAGAUCCGGCCUUAGAAGUAUGUGAUGUAUCUGUUAAAAUAGCAGACUUGGGUAACGCCUGUUGGGUACAUAAUCAUUUUACUGAAGACAUUCAGACACGUCAAUAUAGGUCUCUUGAGGUUAUAUUAGGUGCUGGUUAUGAUACUUCGGCUGACAUAUGGAGCACAGCAUGUAUGGCUUUCGAAUUAGCAACAGGCGAUUACCUAUUUGAGCCUCAUUCCGGAGAAAAUUAUUCACGUGAUGAAGAUCAUAUUGCGCAUAUUAUUGAGCUACUAGGACCAAUACCAAAACAUAUUAUAUUUAGUGGUCUUUAUACUCAAUUUACAUUUAAUAAACGUGGAGAGCUUAGGAAUAUUACUGGUUUGAAACCAUGGGGCCUUGUUGAUGUUUUAACUGAGAAAUACGAAUGGCCACUAGAUGAAGCUGAAGCUUUUGCCGAUUUCUUAAAGCCAAUGUUAGAAUUUGAUCCGAAAAAACGUGCUACUGCAGCUGAUUGUUUAGAUCAUCCAUGGUUAAGAUAAAAUAAAUUUAAUUUAUUCUUACUUAAUAAAUUUAAGAAUAUAUUUAAAAAAAUUAAACAAAAAUAGUAUGAAAAUGAAAGCAAACAAAUAUUAUGAAAUUUGGUUUUUCGUAAAAUCUAAGAUUUGCUAAAAAAAAAUAAAAUAAAAGGAAAAUAAAUUAUACAUUUAUUCAAAAAAUUAAAUGAGAUUGCAAAUAGAAUAUUUAAGAAAUUUCAAAAGAAUAAAAUUUGGAAGUAAAAUAAAUAUUGUUUUAAUUAAAAAAAUAUUAAAAGUAAAACAUAUGAAAAAAGUUAUUUAAGAAAAAGCGCAGAUGCCUUUAAAUUUUAUUUUUUAAAUUUAGGAAAUUUUCAAAAUUAGUUGUUACGAAUAGUUUCAAAAACAAAAGAGUUAGAAUAACCAAAAAAUUUUGCUAUUUAAUUGAUUUAAUUAAAAAUAUUUUAUGAGCUACAUUUAAGAAGUACAACAAUGGUUAAUUUGCUUGUGGAAAAAUAAACUAUUGAAAAAUACAAAUUUUUUCGGAAUAGUUCUAUAAUUGUUUUUUUUUUUAAAGUGAUGUAGAAAUUCAAUAAGUUUACUAAAUUUUGUCAAAUUUGUAUAUGUACAUACAUAUAUAAAAUAUUGUCAAUAUAAUAUUUUAAAUAAUGAUUCUAUUAAGAAUUACCUAUAAGCUUAGCAAAAAAUAAAUAUGGUUAUUGUUUCUCUUUUAGUACUGUCAGUAUUAGAAAAUUAUAUAAUCGCAUACGUGUUAUCGUAACAUUGAUGUUUGUUAAUGUCAUAACUAACUGAAAAUAAUGAAGAGUUUCAGAAAAAAACUUAAAUGAGAAAUUUCCUGAUGAACUAUUUAUUUGUGAACAAACUUUUCGAAAACAAAAUUUCAUAUAAUAUUGUACUAUUUCAAUUUCAUUUUGUUUUUUAGUUUUUAUUUUAACUUAUAAUAUUUAAUUUGAAAAUUAGACUCGACUGUAGUGUAUAAUUUUUUAAAACGAAUUUUUUUUUAGCUUCUUAUGAUGUAUGCUAAGGAAAUUUCUCUUGACAUAAAAUAAGUAAAAAUUAAAGUUCCAUAAUGAUUAUAAAAAUUAAAAAAAUAUUUAUAAAAGAUUUUGGUUGCAAAAUAAAUUAUGUUUGUAAAAAUCAUAUUUUUUAUUAUACAUAUUAUUAGUAACUGCAAUGUAUAUUGAAAAGUUUCCAGACCAGUUUAAAACGCUUUUGGACGUUAGAAUUUUCCAAUUUGUUUGAAAUGUAAAUGCUAUUUAGUAAAGUUUUAACUUACAAAUUUGUCAAAAAAUUUUACAUUUAAUAAAAGGAAAGUAAAUUGGAAAUUUCAACAUGUCAACGCUCAUUUACAAAUUUGAAUUGCUAGUUUUGCACAAGUCAAAAUAGUUGAUGUACAAUUUUUUUUUAAACAAACAUGUUAAUUUUAUUUAAUUAUUUUUUUUAUAUUUAAAACUACGUUAUUUCAUUAACGUUAUAAUAUAAAUGCAUCAGAACUUAAUGUAUCAGAUUAUAUAAAAAAUAUUCUUUAUUUAAAUAUUAAUCAAAUACUUAAAUAAAGAAUAUUAAUGAUCAGAUAAAUAGUUUUAUUUAUAAAGCAAAAGGCUUAUUCUAAUUUCAUAACUUUAGAAAAAGAAAAAGGGAAGAAUUUGCAAUAGCAAUGAAAUAUUAAAGUGAUGUUUUUUUUUUAAAAUUAAAUUUAUAUACUGAAAAAUAAAAAAUUGCAAUACUCAAAGAAUUUUUAAAGACAGAAUUUAUUUUAUUAAUAAAGAAAGGGUGCCAAGAGUGCCAAAAAAAACAUUUAACAUUUUAAACCAAUUUUUUGUCUUAUAAACUUGUAAUAAGUUUCAUAAAUGUAAAAACACUAAUGACAAAUAUUUUUUAAAAACAGAAGCUAGAAAAAAAAUCCCUUUUUUCGACUUAUAAUAAAACAAUUACUAAAAAUUAAUAUCAUCCAAAAACUUAAACGCGUACAAAGUAAAUUAUGAACUACAUAUAAUUUUCUUAACCAUAAUUAAUUAAGUAAAAAAUGUUUCUAUAUAAAAUAUAAAAAUAUUUCUUGAAAGUUAUUUAGAAAAAAAAGAGAAAAAUAAAAGAUUAGAAAAAUUUAUUACUAUAAUAAGGUUCAUUAAAGUUUACCACAUUAAGCACUAAAAAAUGUUUUUAUAAUAAGUUUCAAACGGUUAAAAAUUUUAAAUAUAAAAAUUAAAAUAAUUUUUUGGACCUUAUUUCCAAUGAUAUAACUUUUCAUGUAUAAAUUAAUAAUGUUCAUUAUUGUUAAUUUUAAUUAAGAAAAAUAUUUUCAUUUUGUUUAUCCUUUAGAUAAACAAAAAUCUAAGUUUUAAGUUUUCCAUAACAACUUCCAUUCAAUAAUGCAAAAAUUGAAAAAAAAAAAGGUUCUUGAUUAUAACAUGCAUUCAAAACUGUAAUGAGCAUAAUAUUGCUAAAAUUAUAGAUCUUUUACUUAAACAUGAAUUUAAUUAAUCUGAAAAAGUUAUUUUAAAUAUAUUAACAUUUUUCAUUAAAACCAAAACAAUCAAUUAUUUCUUUUAUUUUUAUAGUAGAAUAUAAUUAAAUCAAAUAGUUUGAGCAAUUCAUUGACUAAUAAAAGAAUUUUCAACAAAAGUUUAUAUAUGUAAUAUCGGAAUAUAUUUUAUAUUCACCCAUAUUUUUGUAAACGCAUCACUUGAAAUGUGAUAUUAUUCAAAAAUUUUUAGAAUAAAAUCAAUUUCGAGUUUUGAAUUCUGCACUGAAAAUCUUGACGCUUUUAAACUUCAAAAGAUGCAUCUAACAUCACAAAUAUUGGAUAUGGGUGAUUCACAGCCUUUUUAUAGAACUUAGGUGAUAAAUCUGCUCUAAAUAUUCGAAAAAAAGGACAAGUUAUUAUUAAUAUUAUCAUUUUAUUGAUAAUAUUUGUUUUUUUUUCAGUUGAAUUAAUUUAUUAUAAUAUACGUACAUACUAAGUUUUGCAUAAUUAUUUAGUAAAAUUAACUCAAUAAUGCUUAAAAAUUAAAGAAUUCACAUACACUAAACACCAGAUAAAUUGAUAAUAUAAUAAUAAUGAACCAAAAUAAAUAACGUUGAUAAUAAUAGUAGUAAAAAAUUACAAUAUAAAUAUAAUAUAAUAUUAACAUUAUCAUGUCACGUGUGUUAGGCAAAGAAUAUGUUUAAAACAUAAGAUAUUUUGUUUUCUUGAAAUAUGAGAAAAAACAUUUUAUUUUAUUUUUAAAAAUUGUAGGUAAAUAAAAAUAAUAGUAAUAAAACUAAAAAAAAACACGAAGUUGGUAUCUAAAACAAAUGUAAAACUUAAUCAUUGUUACAUUAAAAACAAAUGAAUUAACUUAAUUAAGUUGCAA